AUGUCUUUCAACUCACCAUUCUUCAGCUUUUUCGACGCUAUUAACAACGAAGUGGAUGCAUUUAACAGAGCAUUGGAUAACCACGGUUACGGAUCCUACCAACCCAGACGUCAAAUAGCUUCCGGUGGACAGGACGAAAAACAGGUUGCCAAGAAGGACAAUGCAUCGAGGGAAGUCCAGGCUCCUAGGCAUUUGACUGACUGGUUUGACAACGACUGGUCAAUUUUGCCUAGAGAUUUUGGCUCCUCCAAUUUAACACCUCCGGUCGAUAUUUUAGAUCAUGACAAGAAUUAUGACAUUAAGGUCACUGUCCCUGGUGUUAAGGACAAGAAGAGCAUUCAUUUGGAAUACCACAAGGAAAAGAACCAAAUUGUGAUUACAGGUGAAAUUCCUUCCGGCUCAUCUGCAGAGGACAAAGACAAAGUGAAGGUGCAAGAACGUGCGUACGGUAAGUUUAAGAGAGUCAUCAGCUUGCCCGAGUACCCUCGUAUAGAUGCCGACAACAUCAAGGCCGAUUACAACAGCGGGAUCUUGACUUUGACUGUGCCUAAGCUUGAACCAUCCAAGAAUGGAGAAGAUGCAGUCAAAAAAAUCGAAAUCUCUUCUGAAGAAUCUUGGGGCAAUUAG